UCAUCGUGAAAUUAAUAGGGCGAAAUUUAAUUUAAUUUAAUUUAAUUUUAAUGAAAACGUAGUUUAGUUUUCAACUUUUUCUCUCUUUGCGAGAAGAAAUCUACAACUACAACUAAAGAAAUGUCGAGGAAUGUGAAGACUGAAUCACUAGGAAAUGCUUUAAGUUCUGCCGAAUAUACGAAUGUUGCAGCUGCCAGCACACAGAACAAAGCAUUCGACUUUUUUGGCAUGCUAUGUGAGAGUGCUGUGGCAGGAGCUGCUGCUGGUUCUGUGGUGGAAACUGUUUUGUAUCCAAUUGAUACGAUAAAAACACGAUUGCAAGCAGUUCGUGGUGGAGGUGAAAUUGUUUUGAAAGGCCUCUACUCGGGAUUGGCUGGAAAUCUGGCUGGUGUUAUACCGGCAUCAGCACUAUUCAUUGGUGUAUAUGAACCUGCGAAGCAGAAGUUGCUCGACGUUUUUCCUCAGAACUUGUCUGCCGUAGCACACCUGGCUGCAGGCGCUAUUGGAGGAGCUGCCUCUUCUAUUGUUCGAGUUCCUACCGAGGUUAUUAAGCAGAGAAUUCAGACUGGUCAAUUUGCUUCAACACCGGAGGCUGUUCGCCUUAUAGUUGCUAAGGAGGGUUUUAGAGGUCUUUUUGCGGGAUACGGGUCCUUUUUAUUGCGCGACCUGCCUUUUGAUGCAAUUCAGUUCUGCAUUUACGAGCAGCUCCAAAUCGGGUACAAAUUGGCUGCAAGAAGGGAUCUUAAUGCUCCCGAAAAUGCAAUCAUCGGUGCCUUUGCAGGUGCAAUCACUGGGGCAAUCACGACUCCACUCGACGUGGUGAAAACCAGAUUAAUGAUACAGGGAUCAGCAAAGCAGUACGAUGGUAUAUUUCACUGCGUUGAUACAAUUAUACGAGAAGAAGGAAGCUCUGCUUUCCUCAGGGGGAUUGGGCCUAGAGUGCUGUGGAUAGGCAUCGGUGGUUCUAUAUUCUUUGGAGUUCUAGAGAAGACGAAGCAGCUGCUCGCCCACAGGCGCCCUCGUCGAGAGAAGAAACGUUGGAGUCUGAAGCUGGCAUGAAAACGAGCUUAGACUAUAGUGUUGGAGAUGCCAUACUUAUAUGCAACCGUAAGUGAUCUGUUGAUGUGCAAGCUCUAGUUGCAGAAAUUUUGGAAGUUUUUAGACGUUUUUUCGUGUUUUAGAUUCCUUCAUAAGUUAUGAUAUGAGAUCUUGACCAUAUUCCUGCAUCUUGGUAGUUAAGAUAUAUACAUGUAUGGUUCAAAAGCAACCAACUUCCAAGGUUCACAAGUCCUUAUAGAAGCCUCUUUUCAUUUGUA